AAAAAAUGAGUAUUUAACAAACUGAAGUAAAUAAGAAUAAUAAUGGAUUGAAUAUCGAUUAAAUUAUUAAUAAUAAACAACAAGGAAACCCAGAAUCUAAUACAACAAAGGACAAUAGAAAAGAGUAAGCGAAAAGCACAAGAAGACAUUCUCGAAGUGUCAAAAAGAAGCACAAAAAAUAAAGAUCUCGAAGUAAUACCAAAAAAUCCAAAAAAACAAAUAAGAAAAACAAAUCACGUAGCCAAUCUAGGCAUUCAAAAAAAGGCAUCAUUAUCAUCAUCAUCAUAAAAGACACAUCAGGAAUAUAUCUCCGUCUCCAUAUUAAGACUCCAGAAAUCGUCGUUCUCGCAGAAGAAAGCAUUCAUCAAGUUCCAAAAGUCAAUCGAAUAGUAAUAGUAGUAGCAAUACGGGUCGAAAUAGUAGCAGAAGUAGCCGAAGUAACGGAAAUUAUAGAAAUAAUAAUAAUAAUAGAAGAUAAUCACGUAAUAAUAAUGAGUAUUAAUGGAAAAAUAGGAGAAGAUAGCAUACUAGAAGUAGAUCUCCAUUAGCUUAUUAUUUAUAAAACACAAAUAAUUUGAAUAAUACAAAAUAAAAUACUCAUAUAGACAGCAAUAAUAUGUAAAUUGAUACAGAGAAAUUUUAUUGGGACGGUUUUUUAUGGCAACCUAAAAUUAACAUGUAAAUAAUGGACGAAUGUUUUUUAAAACAAACAGAAAAAUAAAGGAAAAUUUAAAUUGAUAAUGUCCCAUUAGAAUACGGUUUAGAUAAGAUUGAUAUUAUAAGCUACAUCACAAAUUAUAUGAAGGAAAAAGCACUAGCAAAUAAUGACAACCCUAAUCCUGUUUUAAAUUGCGAAAUUAAUGAAGAAGAUAAAACUGCAAAUAUAGAACUUUCAUCAGUUCCGGAAACUAAUUUAAUGUACAAAUUAGGAAAAAUAAUAUUUUUUUAAAAUGAAUGUAAAAUAAGCAGGCUUGGUGAAAAUCCAGAUGGAGUAAAUAAUCUUAAAUAACUAACUUAAUUAGCUAGAUAAUAAGCUGAAGCUUAAGCUGCAGUAAUUAAAGCUACAGAAAAUAUAAUGCAGAUGAAAAAUUUUGAAAAAUUAACGGUUAAUAAAUUAGAUAAAAAACCAAAAUUUAAAGUAAUAAAAGUACUAAAUUGCAUAAUGUAGGGAACAGAAAAUUUAUUAACUAAAGUUUAAUGGGAUGAUCUACAUGCAGAUCUUAUAGAAGAAUUUUCAAGAUUUGGAAUUAUUAUAGAUAGUUUUAUUGUUAGACCUUAUUAAGCAACAGUAGGAGCUAAAUGUGGAACAUUUUUUAUAGAGUAUGACAAUUCUGAAAGUGCAUGUUAAGCUAUGGAAUAUAAUAAUGGAAGAAUUUUUAAUGGUUAAAAAUUAAAAAUAUUUAAUAUACCUGAAGAUGGAUAUAAUUUGAACUUUAAAUAAUUGGUUUAUAUAAAAAAUUGAUAUAUUUUUUUUUUAGAUUUUUAUAAUUAAUUUUUAAAAAAACACUUUUU